GGUAAGGAAAGGUAAGGAACGGUAAAGUAUAUAUAAUAGCAUCAUCCUCGCCAACCCCACUCCCACCUCUCCAGAUGCGUCUCCUCUCCUUCUCCUCUUCUUCCUCAUACAUCUCCCACAUCUCGCCACUUCAUCAACUACUCCGUCUAUCUACCACCAGAUACCCCCGAUACCCUUCCACCACCCCCAGAAAACCCACAUACCUAUACACACACCAGUUCCGCAACAUGUCUCAGGGUGAAUGCCCCGUCAGGAAGGCAAACGUCGGCGGCGGCGGCACCAGGAACCGCGACUGGUGGCCAGAUGAGCUCAAGCUCAACAUCCUCCGCCAGCACACCCCCGUCACCAACCCCUUCGGCACAGAGGAUUUCGACUAUGCCGCCGCAUUCAAGUCGCUCGACUAUGCUGCCCUCAAGAAGGACCUCCACGCCCUCAUGACCGACUCCCAGGACUGGUGGCCCGCCGACUUUGGCCACUACGGCGGCCUCUUCGUCCGCAUGGCCUGGCACAGCGCGGGUACCUACCGUGUCUUCGACGGUCGCGGCGGUGGCGGCGACGGCCAGCAGCGUUUCGCUCCCCUCAACUCGUGGCCCGACAACGUCUCCCUCGACAAGGCCCGCCGCCUGUUGUGGCCCAUCAAGCAGAAGUACGGCAACAAGAUCUCCUGGGCCGAUCUCCUCCUCCUCACCGGCAACGUCGCCAUUGAGAACAUGGGUCUGCCUCUCACCGGCUUCGCCGGCGGCCGUCCCGACACAUACGAGGCCGACGAGUCCGUCUACUGGGGCGGCGAGACCACCUGGCUCGGCAAUGACGUCCGUUACGAGCAUGGCCUCUCCGGCCCAGGAAAGCGCGCCGUACUCGACGGCGACGAGUCCAAGAAGGACAACAAGGACAUCCACUCGCGAGAUCUCGAGGAGCCCCUCGGUGCCGCCCACAUGGGUCUGAUCUACGUCAACCCUGAGGGCCCCGACGGCAUUCCCGAUCCCGCCGCCUCCGCUCGCGACAUCCGCACAACCUUCGGCCGCAUGGCCAUGAACGACGAGGAGACGGCCGCCCUUAUUGCUGGAGGCCACGCCUUCGGCAAGACCCACGGUGCUGGUCCCACCGAGAACGUCGGUGACGAGCCGAACGCUGCCCCCAUUGAGGCCCAGGGCUUCGGCUGGCAGAACAAGUACAAGUCCGGAAAGGGUCCCGACACCAUUACCAGUGGUCUUGAGGUCAUCUGGACCAAGACCCCCACUAAGUGGAGCAACUCGUACCUCGAGUACAUCUACAAGUACGAGUGGGAGCUCACCAAGAGUCCCGCCGGUGCCAACCAGUGGGAGGCCAAGGAUGCUGAUGCAUUCAUUCCAGACGCCUUCGACCCCAACAAGAAGCACAAGCCGCGCAUGUUGACCUCUGAUCUUGCCCUCCGCUACGACCCCAUCUACGAGAAGAUCACCCGCCGCUGGCUCGACCACCCCGAGGAGUUGGCCGAUGCCUUCUCCAAGGCCUGGUUCAAGCUGCUCCACCGUGACCUGGGCCCCCGCUCCCGCUGGCUCGGUCCCGAGAUCCCCAAGGAGGUCUUCCUCUGGGAGGACCCCGUCCCCGCCGCCGACGGCGCUACCAUCGACGACAAGGACGUGUCGAACCUGAAGCAGCAGCUUCUCUCCACCGGAAUUGAGCCCAACAAGCUCAUCCAGACCGCCUGGUCUGCCACUUCCUCCUUCCGUGGCAGUGACAAGCGCGGUGGUGCCAACGGUGGCCGUCUCCGCCUCGAGCCCCAGAAGAACUGGGAAGCCAACAACCCCAAGCAAUUGGCGCAGGUCUUGAGCAAGCUCGAGGAGGUCCAGAAGAACUUCAACAGCUCUGCUUCCGGUGGAAAGAAGGUGUCCAUCGCCGAUUUGAUCGUCUUGGGAGGUGUCGCCGCCGUCGAGAAGGCCGCCGGAACCAGCGUGCCCUUCACCCCGGGCCGUACCGACGCCAGCCAGGAGCAGACCGACGUCCAGGCCUUCGAGCACCUCGAGGCUUUUGUUGACGGUUUCCGCAACUACGGCAAGGGCACCAAGCGUGUCCGCACCGAGCAGUUCCUCGUGGACAAGGCCAACCUUCUCACGCUCACCGCACCCGAGCUUGCCGUGCUCGUCGCCGGUCUCCGCGUGCUCAACACCAACUGGGACGGCUCGUCGCACGGUGUCUUCACCAACCGCCCCGGCAAGCUCACCAACGACUUCUUCGUCAACUUGCUCGAUACCAACAUCGAGUGGAAGGCCGUCGACGGCAGCAACGAGCUGUUCAAUGGUGUCGACCGCAAGAGCGGCCAGAAGAAGUGGACCGCCACGCGCAACGAUCUCGUCUUCGGAAGCCACGCCGAGCUCCGCGCCGUUGCCGAGGUCUACGGACAGUCCGACAACGAGCAGAAGUUCGUCAAGGACUUCAUCGCAACCUGGCACAAGGUCAACAACCUCGACAGGUUCGACGUCAAGGGCGCUUCCGCUGCCCAGCGCGCCAGGCUAUAGAUUGGCGAAACAAAUGAUGACUUUUGUGUUUUAGGGAUCUGGGUUUGGGACUGGCAAGGAACGGAAAUGAAAGGACAUGAACCGGGGGGAAUCAUACAUUCUGAACGAGUCGGAAAAAAAGAAUCUAUGGGCCUCGCGAUGGAAUGCAAUGCAAUGCAAUGGAACGACCGUCACGCAACUGUGUAUUAUCUCUCUUCUCCAAAUAGCAAAUUUGAGAACCUCCUUUACGUUGAACAACAAUGAGAACGAGCCGUGAUUGAUUUCCUUCGGAUACGUAACUUGACUUGUCCUCGUGUCUAUGCCAAGGUAUGUCCUUUGUGAAAAGAUACUAAGGACAUAAAUGUAAAACCAAAGUAAAAUCAACCACGCCACACCACC